GCACACUCAUCUGCUGCUGUCCUUUGGCAAUCCUUUUCUACGUGACACAGGCCACAUGACUGAAUGUCCGAAUGGUCCAGUGUUCACAGGUAAUGGCCACUAAAAGAAGGCUUCCUUUGUCUAUCAUGGUGUUACUGAAAGUCUUCUGGGGCUGACAGAUGCCACUCCAGAAGGUUAAUAAGAUGAAGGCAGCUCUUCCAGCUGGACCAUAAGAGGGAUUAUGUCUGAGCAGCAGAUAAACAGCUUAUUCCAGAAACAGACACUGCUUUUUUGUUGUUGUUUAAACUUCGUCACUCUUCUCAGAAUUCUCGCUCCAGUCCUACUUUCGUUCUCUUGAGGUUAGAGGUGUAGGCUUCACAGUUUGUUCAGCAUCUGUAUUGUGUAAAUAUUGCUACCCAUUGGAACAUUCUAAGUAAUUCAAUUUUGGGACAUAUCUUUCAAAGCUAGCCAGAAGUUUGGGGAUUUUGCUCCCUUAAAAUAGAAUCUCUUUAUUCGGUCCAGCCUAGCUUGUCUUUUCUGCAUGACUACUCUUGACAAUUGUGAAUGAUAAAAAGCGGCAUGAAUUUGAAAACUGGAUUAAUAUUCCUUAUCAUUUGCCUUGCACUCCAAGUUCAAGGAAGCAAAGAAAUCCCUACUAAAAUUAAUCGUGGUGAAUCCAAACAUCUUGCAGAUGCUACUGGGUCAGAGAAGUCAGAAAGGACGACAAAGAGGUCUAGAGUCUCAACCAUUCGAAGGAUAUUUGAUAUGGCUAAACACCGAACAAAGAGAUCUUCUUUUUUGUCAACUGGUGUGAAGGUUUGUCCUCAAGAAUCAGUGAAGCAAAUUUUAGCUAGCCACCAAGCUUAUUAUAGGCUAAGAGUUUGCCAGGAAGCUGUAUGGGAAGCCUUCCGGAUCUUUUUGGACCGAAUUCCAGAUGCAACUGAGUAUCAGAACUGGGUUGCUGCCUGCCAACGAGAAACUUUCUGCAUAUUCGAUAUUGGGAAAAAUUUCAGUAAUUCUCAGGAACAUCUGGAGAUUAUUCAACGGCGAGUAAAACAUAGAACCUUCCAGGACAGGAAAGAAGAAAUUUCAACAGAGAAAACCAGUAGCAAAAAGUUUGAAGAAUUUCCUUCUUUUACACCAGCUGCACCUACUGGCAUCUUAGGCAAAGAGAUUGUCAAUGACACCAAGGCUCCUGUGAAGGAACUAAAGCCAGAGGUUCCAAACAUUGUCUCUGAAGUUCCUGGGGAGCAGAUGGUGGAGUUCAGCGUCACCCUCAUCGACCAGGAAUACACUCCAGAACUGAGUGAUCCUACAUCCCCUCAAUACCAGAAGCUAGCUGCCAAAUUUCAGCUUCAAAUGCAAAAGGUAUUUGAGAAACUUGCAGGUUUCAAGGAAAUUCGAGUGUUAGGAUUUAGACAGAAGAAGGAAAAAGAUGGCACGAGCAGUACUGUGGCACGGUAUGUUGUCAUCUUUGGAAAAGAUGAAGCAGAAGUCAAAAGGCCCGAGGAUGACAUCUCAACAAUCGGUUCUAAUAAAAUUGAAACUGAAAAAGAUCUUCUUAGUAAGGAAGGGGAAAUACCAGUGAUUAGGCCAAGAGUGACUGACCUUCAGCGGAUGGUUGCCAUAGCUCUGCAAGAAGACAAGUCACUAUCCAUGGACCUUGGAACGCUUCAGUUUGCCGAUGAAGUGAUUAAACCAUCUACUGAUGUAGAAAAUGAUAUCAAAUCACAGGUAACUGAAGCUACAGCUGAAGCUGGCUUGACUUCUGAAGCACCACUGGUUUAUCCAAGUCCCGUAGCAGCUACAGAAACGCUUAAUGAAAUUGAAGAUACAAAUCUUAUAAUAGACUACCCACUCCCCACAAUGCCGUACGAUGUGCUGGACAGUACUGGGAUACCUCCAAAGCCAGGGGAUCUUGAUUCACCUCCACCAGCAGAUCAAUCAGCCAGCAAUGAUUUAAGCAUAGGAUACUCUGAGCUGCCAACUGAAGUCACGUUUGCACUGUUUACUGCUGGCAUUUCUACCUUAAGUGAAGAUGAAAAGAUGAAAGGGGAGCUCUUCAGCACAGACUCACAGAUCUUCCCUGAGACAGAUAAAAAGAUUACAGUGGAACUGGAGUAUUCGGGUGAUGACAUUUCAGCCACACUGAGUACUAUGCCAUAUUUCAUUGAUUCUCUUAGUCUUCCUACCUCUCUUCCUGAAGAAGAUAUUUUGGUGCCCACAGACCAGAUUGUGUUAUUGCCAGAAGCAACUGCUGGUGGCCCCUCCAUUGUUAUUGACGAGUCUUUUGAAGCAACCACCUCUUCACGGGAAGCAACAGCUAUCCCAACUAUAUUUGAAUGGGGGGUGCAUGGUAUUGCCACUGACUCAGAUAUUAUUGACAUGAUGAGCCCAGGAACAAGUGGGGAAAUGGAGGAUGGCAGCGGCUAUUAUGUCUUGCCAGCAACCCCACCUGCAGAAACGACCCCAACGCCUCCACAGAAGUUUGUAACAACAACCUCCGUGACAACUGCAGCCAAAGGCAAGGAGCUAGUGGUGUUCUUUAGCUUGAGGGUAACCAACAUGCAUUUUUCUGAUGACCUCUUCAAUCGAAGUUCAGCAGAAUACAAAGCGCUUGAACAGCAAUUCAUGCAGCUGCUGCUUCCCUACCUCCAGUCCAACCUUACGGGAUUUAAGCAACUGGAAAUAUUGAACUUCCGCAAUGGAAGUGUGAUUGUCAACAGCAAAAUGAAGUUUGCCAAGUCCGUGCCAUACAACAUCACAGAGGCCAUCCACUGCGUACUGGAGGACUUUUGUGAUGCUGCUGCUCAGCGCCUUAAUCUUGAAAUCGACAGUUAUUCACUUGAUAUUGAGCCAGCUGACCAAGCGGACCCUUGCAAGUUCAUGGCGUGUGAUGAAUUCUCACACUGCAUAAAGAAUGAGAAGACAAAAGAGGCAGAUUGUCUUUGUAAACCUGGUUAUGUAAAAAAAGAUGGACAGCCAUGCCGUAGUAUGUGUGAGAUUGAGCCAAAUCUGUGUAUUAAUGGUGGAAAAUGUGAAUUAGUUCCAGGAAGAGGAGCAGUCUGUAGAUGCUCAGUACAUAGAAACAGAAGAGAGCAUUGUGCAAAAUACGUUCCAGCACCUACCCGAUCCAUCAUUUCCAAAGCUGUGAUACUUGGCUCAUUAUGCUUCAUUUUUCUUCUCAUCACUUUAAUAAUUAAGUUACGAAGAAGAUACAAAAGCAAGCUUAAUUUGGAAGAUUCUUCUCUCAGCCGAUGCAACACUGAGACCGCUGUAAGAAUUAAUCCUGGUUUUGAUCAUGAUGAACCCAUCAGUAGUUUUUGCCGUGGGCCACGUAGUGUAAGUGCUUGUGUUAGUUCAUCAGAAAGCAUUGAUCAAGAAACGUUACAAGAUCAUGAAAACCAAAGAACGCAUGGAGGUAAAAUGCAUGCAAAAAACUCCUCCGUCCUCUUACUAGAGUUGUAACAUUGUCCUUGUUAACAAUCAGUUUUGUAAUCAUCAGCCCUUUUGGCCAUCAGCAUUCCAGAGC